UAAAUAAAAAUUAAAGGACUUAAUAAAUUAAAAAAUAAAAGUUUAGGAACCUUAAAAUAAAUUUAGCCUUCAAAAAAAAUAAACUAGUUGUAACACGAUCUAAUAUCCCUCCAUUUUAUAGGCCAUUUUGAAGUGUGUGGUAUUUAUUAGUCGGUUUGUGAUGUACGGUUUAAUUUGAUUCUUUUUUUAUUAAUCAGCCUGUUGAAGUCAGAAAAGUCAAAUUCUUUGAGAGUUUGCCAUAGAUCCAGAUCUUUUAGUAUAUUAUUGCAUACCAUAUCAUCACGUGCUAUGCUUCUUUUUUCUUCUUGUUUGUUGAAUUAAAAUGUCAAGAAAAUCGAAUGCAGGAUGCAAAUGCAUGCUGUAUAUCCUAGUAGUUUCUCUUUUGUUUCUAAUUCUUGCCGCUGUUAUAUUAUUAUCGGCCUUCCGUCAUAAAAUAUUUGCACACUCUCAUGCAAAUUUAAACUCGACCAUCUAUAAAGUACCUGUCGCGGAGAUUCAAUUUGCUUGCCAAGCCACCCGGUUUCCCGAUUCUUGCAUUUCCUCUUUGUCUCAAUCCAAUCUCGUCCCGUCUAGUCCGACCCCGCUUCAAAUUAUCGAAUCCGCGCUAUUAAUUUCAUCGCAAAACAUUGAAACUGCGCAAACCAAGUUGAAAUCUCUCGUUGAGGUUGCUGCGGGUAACGAAAAUGUUACCAAUGUUGCGAAAAGCUGUAUGGAUUUGAUGCGUUAUUCGCUGUAUAGGAUUUCGUUGUGUAACGAAAGUUUGCCUCUUUCUAAGACGAAGAAUGCGCGUGCUUCGAUGAGUGCUGCUCUGGCUUACCAAUAUGAUUGUUACGGAGGCCUUACGUACCAUGGCGAUAACUCGCAGGCGGUUAACGAUACGACUUUGUUUCUUAACUCUUCGAUUGCGUAUAGCAGCAAUGCGUUGAGUAUGAUUGUCUCUUAUGAUUUAUGGGAUAAUCAAACACGGAGUUGGAGGGCGCCGAGAACAGAGCGAGAUGGGUUCUGGGAGGGGCAAGGGUUGGGUAAUGAAAUCGGGUUCAAGGGCGAGUUUCCUUUGGAGUUGAGGGUCGAUGUGAUCGUUUGUAAAAAUGGGAGGAAUGGAUGUUAUAAAACUGUACAGGAAGCAGUUAAUGCAGCUCCGAGUAAUGCGUCGGAUAAAAAGUUUGUGAUACACAUAAAGGAGGGUGUUUAUGAGGAGAUUGUUAGGGUUCCGUUGGAAAAGAAAAAUGUAGUGUUUGUAGGUGAUGGGAUAGGUAAAACUGUCAUUACAGGCUCGUUGAGUGCCGGUCAGGUUGGUGUUACUACAUAUGAGUCUGCCACUGUUGGUGUUCUUGGUGAUGGAUUCAUGGCCAGUGGUCUCACAAUCCAGAAUACAGCAGGAGCCCCUACCCACCAAGCAGUGGCCUUCAGAUCAGAUAGUGAUCUCUCAUUCAUUGAGAAUUGCGAAUUUAUAGGCCAUCAAGACACUUUGUAUGCGCAUUCACUUCGCCAGUACUACAAAUCAUGCCGCAUUCAGGGCAAUGUGGACUUCAUUUUUGGAAACUCUGCUGCAAUUUUUCAGGACUGCGAGAUAUUAGUCAAUCCCAGGCAAGAAAAGCCAGAAAAAGGUGAAAACAAUGCUCUCACAGCGCACGGCAGGACAGACCCGGCACAAUCAACAGGUUUUGUCUUUCAGAACUGUUUGAUUAAUGGCACCGAAGAAUAUAUGAAAUUGUACCAGAGUAAGCCCAAGGUACACAAGAAUUACUUGGGAAGGCCAUGGAAAGAAUUCUCGAGAGUCGUUUUUAUACAUUGUAACUUCGAAGCUAUCAUAACGCCCGAAGGGUGGAUGCCUUGGACCGGCGAUUUUGCAUUGAAAACACUCUACUAUGGGGAAUUUGAGAAUUCCGGACCGGGAUCUAAUGUGUCUCAGAGAGUACCAUGGAGUAACCGCAUUCCUGCGGAGCACGUAUACACAUAUUCAGUGCAGAAUUUCAUUCAAGGAGAUGAAUGGAUUUCAACCUCCUCUUGAAUAUCAAAUCAAAUUCGGUAAUGUUGUAGAUUAGAUAUUGCAGCUCUGUUGCUAAUAAUAUUAGCUAAGCUUUUAAUGUUCAUAUAAUUCUCAAACGGAUAGAUUUGAAUUUGAAACUAAUUACAAAAGUAUUUGAAGGGUAAUGUUGUUGAA